AUGUCCGAAACCCCGGCAACUUUCAAGCCGACACUGAUCCUCCACGGAGGUGCAGGCAACCUUCAACGUGACAAGCUACCUCCAACUCUGUACGCCAAGUACCACGCAUCCCUCCAAUCCUGCCUCCGCUCGACUCAUGCGCUCCUCAAGGGGGGUGCUUCUGCCCUCGAUGCCGCCGUACAUGCCGUAUCCCUGAUGGAAGAUGACGAGCUCUUCAAUUGCGGACGUGGCAGUGUGUUCACCACCGCGGGCACAAUCGAAAUGGAAGCUUCUGUGAUGGUCACGACCGUACAAGAACCCGACGAGAGCCGACCUGGCGAAAUGAAACAGGCGGCAGCCGUGAUGGGCGUGAGGAAUGUACGACACCCUAUUCAGCUCGCGCGCGAAUCCCUCCUACGUACCGGCUAUACACCCGAUGGGAAGCCGAAUAACGACGGGGGUAGCAUGCACCCCCAACUUGCUGGGCCUCACGUGGAGACACUUGCUCGUGAGUGGGGUCUUGAAUUCAAGCCUGAUGAAUGGUUCUGGACACAACGUCGCUGGGACGAACAUCGUCGUGGACUGGAAGGAAAGGAAGAACCUGUCUCACUGAGUCAGGGCACUGUUGGCUGUGUCUGUCUAGACCAAUGGGGCAAUUUGGCCGUUGCAACCAGCACUGGGGGCAAGACAAACAAACUCCCAGGUCGCAUUGGAGAUACUCCGACUCUAGGCGCCGGGUUCUGGGCUGAGUCGUGGGAUGUGACUCCCCGGCGAUCCCCUCUCACUCCCAAGACUGGUCCUCCCGUGGUGUUGCCCAGAACCGACGGUAUACUCACCCGCGCCGUGGACUACAUAAAUGGUGCUGUGGUUGAUAUUGCGGCCGAUGUGCAUUACUCGCUAGCGGAAUUGAAGGAUAGCCUAAAGAGCUGCCUAGCUCCAGAUCUCAGAAGUUCUGAUCCUCCAGCUUAUUCCUCUCUCCCAUGCCAUCCAACACAGGCGAGUGUGUUGGUCCAGGCACCGGAGAAGACAUGUACCGGAGAGGUCCAUCUCAAGUAUUGCGCCGUAGGUCGAAAUCCAGUACUCGCGAAGAGGGCCAUUGCCAUCUCCGGAACUGGGAAUGGCGAUUCGUUCCUUCGCCUCGCUGCUGCACAUUCAGUCGCCGCGCUAGCCAAAUAUCGAGAUAAUUCUCUCUACACUGCCAUUCAUACUAUCGCAGGCCCAGGUGGUGAACUACAACGAUCGGCUGGACCGCGAUGGGGAGUCACGGGUGAGGGCGAAGGUGGGUUUAUUGGGAUCAAUGUUGAUACAGGGUGUCUUGGUGCUGCGACACGGAAGCUCCGUUGUGGCAGUAUCGUUUUUGACUUCAAUUGUGGUGGGAUGUGGCGCGCUUGGGUUGAGGAGGAUGGGGAUGGAAAGGACAUCGAGAAGAUCAUGGUCUUUCGAGAGGAGUAUAAACAGAUUGAGUCAAGUGCGCCCAGCACUCAUCAAGAUGAAAUGGUUUCAAAAGCCGCUCUACAUCAGACGCUUUAG